GGCCACAACCGAAAAAUUCAGUAGCGGUGGCACCUGAACUACGAUAGUGAACGUGCCUGUCGGUAAGGCAUUCGGAGAACGUUCGUAGUUCAUGCGACACCACAACUCCACUCUAUAAACGUCAACAAUCUCCCCUAUAAUCUCUGCUCCGACUGAUUAAUGUCAGACGAAAUGUCAUUAUGUUUACGUGACGUCAUGGGAAACACGUGUACCAUUUGAAGGAAUCUGUCCGAAGAAAGGGAUCUAUUUUCGGUGAUUGGGGGUCGGGGUUGACAGCGUAAGACUAAUUAGGAACAACGUUUAUAAAGCUGUUGAUGAGCUGGAAAAUAAUUACGUCAUUGGGAAACCAAAAAUAUAAAAAAUUGUUGGUUAUUACCUGCGGUCCCUCUGAGGGUUUUGAGUAAAAAAUGACACAACGCGAGACCCGAGUGAUGUCGCGAGUAGAAAUCAACACUCGAAGGUUGUUGGGAAGAUGUGAGCUCAUCGCCAAGGAAGAUCCUCACCGAGAUUGGAGACUGGAAAAGUAUAUUCUAGCGUUGGAUGAUCUACUGAAAAAAUUACAAACUCAACCUGACAAACCCCCGAGAGACAUAAUGUCUGAAUACAUAAAGCGAAUAGAUUUCUUAAAGGGAGUAGUCGACACUGCGAAGAUUCCUGGUCCCAUUGAGAGGGUGGUGGCCGCUCAGAUGCUCCCGAAAACCUCCAAUCUAUUGUCUGAAACCACGAGCCCCAGUAUCACGACUCAGAUUCAUCAGAAGACGACUGCCAAGUACAGCAGGGACGUGAGAGCUGAGUUAUUCAAUUCUGAUGGGGGAAUGGGGCAGGACGGAGUGAGGAAGCGACUGCCCAAUCAGCAGAGUCAAGACGAAGACCUGGAUGCAAUUCUGAAGUAUAACAGGAACAUGCAAGAAAAGAUAGCAGAGAAUAUGCUGAUGAUGACGAAGAAUAUGAAGGAGCAUGCACUGACAGCCAGUGCAAUAAUCAAGAGUGACUUAAAUGCUCUUGAUAAAGCUGAUAAAUUAACCGAGACUAAUGCAGAUAAGUUGAAUAAGGAGUCAUUGAAGUUGGACGAGCAUACAAAGUCCACUUGGAGAUGUUGGGUCUGGGUCAUGAUUGCAUUCGUUAUGAUCGUUUUCUUUAAUAUGAUAUUCUUCAUGAAGAUAGCUAAGAAGAGGCUGUAGGCAUAUGAGAUUUAAUCAUUGAGGGUGCAAGUAUUUUAUAUUUAAUGUUCUGUAACGGUGGUUAAUAAAUUCACGAAACAAUAA